GAAGGGGGACCUUAAAAUUAGAAAUAGAGGGAAAUUUCUUUAAAAAAAACUUAGAAAUAAGAAUCCAAUUAAAUUAGUUAUAGUCCAUGAAAGUGAGCUAGCAUUCCAUGUGAUUACCUGUCAAAACCCACAAAACAGUCCACUUUCCAGUGCUACUUUGCUGUUCUUACUUACUUAGCUGCUGCUACACUUCUUCUUCUUCUUCUUCUUCUUCUUCUUCUUCUUCUUUGAUUAUUAUUCUUUUUUCUAUUUUAAUUUCAUUUUUCUGCCAAACCCACUUAAUUUUUCUUUCUAUAUAUAGUAAUUACUGUAAGAUAUCAAAAGUUUCCUUUCUUGAUUUUGAUUACUUAGAAUACUUACCAAACACAACCUUAAUCAUCAAAAUUAAUUGCACCCUUUUUUUUUCUUCUUCUUUUCCUUUUAUUUUUCUCAUAAAAAUUAAAAUUUAUGGCUACUCAAGUUCCUGUUUCUGAGCCGCAAUUGCAAGAGGAAGCAGAUAAAAAGGAAUCACAAGUGGUAGAUAAAGUGGUGGAGAAUUUACCAGAAGUGAUCAUAUCAUCUGAGCAAACAGACAUGCCUAAAACAGAAGAAGUAAAAUCCGAGGCACCGGAGAUGAACAAAGAGGUGGUUGCUGCUGAGGAUAAGAUGAGUACACCUGAUGCACCGGUGUCAGAACCAGAAACUGUUGCAGAAGUGAAGCAGGAAAGUUCCGAAAAUGAGCCUAAGAGUGAAGCUCCUGUAGAAACACAAGCUGGGGAACAAUCCAAAGUGGAGGCUGUUGAGGAAAAAAAUGAAGAGAAAGUGGAAAAAGUGGUUGAAGAGAAAGAAGUAGAGGCUGAAGCUCCUAAAAUUGAAGUGCCUGUUGAAGCACAAACUGAGGAGCAACCUAAAGUCGAAGAAGUUGUUGAGGCGAAAAAGCAAGAAUCUGAAGCCCCUAAAAGUGAAGAGCCUGUUGAAAAAAAGAAUCAAGAGGUUAGUACUGAAGAAGUGGUGAAAGAGCCAAAACAAGAGGAGGCUGAAGUGAAGGAAGUUGCUGCUGAAGAGGAGAAGCCGAAGGAUGUUUCAGUUGAAACCAGAGACAUUGAUGAUGUGAAAUCAACUGUUGAGGGUGUUGGUGAGACAAAGGUAAUGUCAGAAGACAAGCCUGUAGAAGAACCUCAGGAAGCAGUGAUUGAGAAGGUGACCGAGAGAAGUUUAGAAGCAGUUCCUGUUGCUGAGCCUGUCAAAGUAGAGGAGUGUAAGGAAGAAGAAAACUUGAAAGGUGAAGUGGUUGAAUCCAUUGUUGAAGAGGGUGGUGAGAAAACAGUAGAAGCAGAUCAACUUGUCCAGGAGGAAGUGGUGAAUGUGAAAGAUUUAGCCUCCGUAGACUACCCUAAGAAUGUCGAGGAGUCAAAGCAGGAGCCUCCUUCUGAAGUAGCGGAGGAAGUGGUAAAUGUGAAUGAUUUAGCCUCUGUUGAUUACCCUAAGAAUGUCGAGGAGUCAAAGCAGGAUCCCCCUUCUGAAGUAGCAGAGGAAGUGGUGAAUGUUAAGGAUUUAGCAGCUGUUGAUUACCCUAAAAAUGUAGAGGAGUCAAAGCAAGAGCCUCCUUCUGAGGUAGUGGAGGAAUUGGUCAAUGUAAAAGAUUUAGCCUCCGUUGAUUACCCUAAGAAUGUAGAGGAGUCAAAGCAAGAGCCUCCUUCUGAGGUAGCGGAGGAAGUGGUCAAUGUAAGAGAUUUAGCCUCCGUUGAUUACCCUAAGAACGUAGAGGAGUCAAAGCAAGAGCCUCCUUCUGAGGUAGCGGAGGAAGUGGUCAAUGUAAAAGAUUUAGCCUCCGUUGAUUACCCUAAGAACGUAGAGGAGUCAAAGCAAGAGCCUCCUUCUGAGGUAGCGGAGGAAGUGGUCAAUGUAAAAGAUUUAGCCUCCGUUGAUUACCCUAAGAACGUAGAGGAGUCAAAGCAAGAGCCUCCUUCUGAGGUAGCGGAGGAAGUUGUCAAUGUAAAAGAUUUAGCCUCCGUUGAUUACCCUAAGAACGUAGAGGAGUCAAAGCAAGAGCCACCUUCUGAAGUAGCGGAGGAAGUGGUGAAUGUGCAAGAUUUAGCCUCUGUAGACUACCCUAAGAUUGUGGAGGAGUCUAAGCAAGAGCCACCUUCUGAAGUAGCAGAGAAAGCGAGUGAGCCAAGUGAUACACCGGCAGUUGAAAACAAAAAGAAUGUUGAGGAAGAGAAGGAAAUUGCCAAAGAACAAGCUGAGGAGAAAAUUGCUGAGACUGAGAAAAUUGAAGAAAAUGGUGAUGUUACAAAAAGGUCUAGUCUAGGAGACAUGAUGAAGGAGGACACUGAUAAUACUCAAACUGAAGAAGCUGCUAAAGAAACUGCAAAAGAGACUGUGAAAGAGACUGCAGAAGUUUCAGAACAGGUGAAAGCUGUAGACGAAAGCAAAGAAAAAGAAGUGAAAACUGAGGAAACUAAGCCAGAAGAAUCAGCUCAGAACCAAGAAGUAGCUGUAAAGAGCAGAGAUGUUGAGGUGAUUCCUCCUCCUUCAGUACCUUCAGAGGAGAAGAAAGCAGAAGAAGAGAAGGCCUCAGCUCCUGUUGUCGAGGCAGAGAAAAAUGGACAUACUGAGCAAGUUGGUAAGGAAGUUACAGCAACUAAGGAUUCUGAUGAAGAGAAAAAUGAAGACAUAGCUGCAAAAAAGCCCCCUUCAAAGACUAUAUUGUCCAAGGUAAAGAGCUCACUCGUGAAAGCAAAGAAGGCGAUCAUUGGAAAAUCUCCUUCCUCGAAGACAAUCUUAACUGAUGCUAGUAAGGGUGAUUUGUGAGUAAAAUUUGAAGUGAUUUGCUGUAUCAUAUUUUUGGUGUUUGUGAUGUUGUUGAGGUUGGUGUUUGGUAUUAUUUCGGUUUGUUUUGGAUUGUGUUCCAUAGAAUGUGAAUACACAGAAGGGUAUAGGUUUGAGGUUCUGUAAACUUAUUGAUGAUUUCAUUUCUUUUGUUGUUUAUUUAUUUUAUUGAGAUUCUUAUUUAGUAUUGCUAUUUUUUCAAGUGUAUGAAAUAGUAAUUGUAUUUGUUUGCUUUCUAGUUUGUUGAUAAACAUUGAAGAAUUGUUAUUGAAGCAUUAUUAGUGGUAAA